AUGUUCCCUGAGGAGGGCUGGGCGCGGAGUGCCUCCUCCUCGUACUGGACCCUGCAGCCGUGCUGGUGGCGGCGCACCAGGUGCAAGGUCGUGGAGGUAGCUGGCACUAGGAGACAUAGCACUCAGGCAAGGAUGGUGGUGAGCGGCGGCAACGCGGUGUACAUUGUUGGCACUUUUAAGCACCUUGGGACUGAUGCCGAUUUUAAGUUAUACCUGACCACGAACGUGACGCAGGCGGACUUCAAUAUGGGGUACACCAUGACGGGCACCCUCGAGCGCGGCAGCCGCUCCACCAACACCUUCCAGAUGACGCACUUCGCGGUUCUGCGACGCUGCGACCAUGAGAGCCACCACCUCAAGAACUCCUAAAACGAUUAAAGUAGUAUAUUGGGGCUGUUGCUUAUUUUAUCCUAUUUUUAUAAAAAAUCACCUCUCUGUUAUGUCUGUUCUUUGUGCCAAAUAAGGCCAUUCAGUCCUCCGCCGCUGCGACCACGAGAGUACUUAGCUCUCAAACAAAUGAACAUUCUUCAAUCUUACUUUUUUUCUGGCAUUCCUUGGUAGUAGGUAAACCUCUCUUUUGCGUUAUGUGCCAUAAUAGGGCCUCUUGACCCUGGUAUACAUCAUGACUUCAACAUGGGGUAUCUACACCAUGACGGGCACCCUCCAUCGGGAAUAUGAGAGCCACCACCUCAAGAACUCCUAAAAAGUCGAAAGAUUAUUAAGUUAACUUUGUUAUAA